UAACGUCGUUAACGUCGUAGCAACAAGCUAACAACGCUCGAAAUGGUUACAACUUAAAACUUUACGUACUAAAAUCAAGGAUUUUCUGUAGACUGUCGAUAAAUUAGCAGUUGAAAUAACACAUGCCGACGUCAAGCCAGAUUUUGAUAUUGCAGAAGAAAAUUCACGGCGUAUCGAUCUCAGGACGGUGUACGCAAUGUAUGUUCAAGGAGCCAGCAAAAUGUCCCGUGGCAUCGGUAUACAGUUUACGUGGUUGCAUGCCUUCGUGGAUGCAAUCUGUUACUGACCGUGAUGCCGUGCAAAUUCUUGGCAAGGAAUCGGCACAAUUGUUCAAAUACCAUAGUUUACCACGCGGUUUAACAAGUAUUUUAACGCUAGACAAUCUCAGCGGGCUUCUACAAUGGCAAGCUCUAGGCGGGGAAGGAAGUCAAAGCCAAUUUUCACCGCAUGCAUCAGUGUCCAUGGUACAAAGGCGAUGUAAGAGCUCACAAGCAACAGGAGUGCUUCGUAAACCCGAGCAGAGACCGAGGUCUGCAACUACAACACAAUCUUCGAAAGUAGACGUGGACCCAUUGGUGUUUGAUUCCCUGAUCAAACUCGGGUUCAGCAAAUCAGGGCUUGUCAAAAGAGCAGAUUGUGUUUUUGAUGGAAUAUCAACGAGGAAGGCCGUAAAAUCGAAACCUUUGGGCAGACCCAAGACCGCAUCUUGUAGUCAAAUCACCGAUACCGAAGAAAAGAAUGAAGUUGAUAAGAAGAAAGAAUUUGCAUAUGAACUUUCUGAUUCCAGCAGCGAAAAUGACGACUCCGAAGAGUUCAACCGUAUAAAACCUUCAAUGCACAUGCGCAGAGACCGUCCCGACCCUAGGCCGCGGGCGGCCAUCUUUAGUUUCCGCGACAAUGAAUACACUUCACACGCAGAGGUUAAAUACUUAAUAGAAACACAAAUUGGUGUCAGGUGCAAAUCAAUUCAGUUUGAUCCUCUGGAUGUGCGGUCGGCCAAGCCAGGAGUACACAGCAGGUGGAUAGUAGAUUUUUUCACAGACUGGGAUCUCCAUCUAGCGUUGAAAAAUUGCCUCACUGUCGGGAAGGAUAAGCUUUUGUUCUAUAAACACGAUGACAUUGCAAAACGCGAAGUGUCCUCAUUUAAGUAUUACAUGACAGUACAAGAGGCUAAGAGGAAACUGAAAAGCAAAUCAGUUACUAACAGGAGACCAAGUACAAUAACAAGUGCUAAACGUGUCACAAAAGCAGCCAAGAGUGCAACAUAAUAUAUAAUAGUUCUGAUUGAUAAGAGAAGAAACUCUGCAAUAAAUCAAAUUAGAAACGUC